AUGGGAUUCGUGAAGGUGAUCAAAAAUAAGGCAUAUUUCAAACGUUACCAAGUGAAAUUUAAGCGUAGGCGUGAGGGUAAGACAGAUUAUUAUGCAAGGAAACGUCUAACUGUGCAGGAUAAGAAUAAAUACAACACUCCAAAGUACCGGCUUAUCGUACGUUUCACCAACAGAGAUGUCAUUGCUCAAAUCGCAUAUUCUCGAAUUGAAGGUGAUGUAGUGGUAUGUUCUGCUUACUCACAUGAAUUACCACGUUAUGGAAUUAAGGUGGGCUUGACCAACUAUGCAUCGGCUUAUGCUACCGGUUUAUUGCUGGCUCGACGUCAUUUGCUCAAAAUCGGUCUGGCAGAAACUUACAAAGGUCUUGAAGAAGCAAACGGUGAUGACUAUAAUGUUGAAAAGGAAGGCGAACGAGCACCUUUCCGGGCAGUCCUUGAUGUUGGCUUAGCACGCACUGUUACAGGCGCUAAAGUUUUCGCUGUCAUGAAGGGCGUUGCUGACGGCGGGAUUGAUGUUCCACAUAGUGAGACGCGUUUUUUCGGUUAUAAUUCGGAAACCAAAUACAAUGCUGAAGCACAUCGUGAUAGAAUACUUGGAAAACACGUUGCUGAUUAUAUGACGCUAUUGAAAGAACAAGAUGAAGAUGCGUAUAAGCGGCAUUUUUCGCGUUUCAUUGCUGCUAACGUCAGUGCAGAUGAUAUUAUGGAUAUGUAUAAAAAGGCACAUGAAGCAAUCCGUAAGAAUCCAGCACGGGAAGUUAAGGAGCCGAAAAAGGUCACAAAGAAACGCUGGACGGCAAAGAAGGCAUCGCUAGCGGUACGCAAGAAUCGUGUUAAAAACAAGAAAGCACACCUUAAAAUGCUGAAAGCACAGCAAGAAGCGCAGUAA